UGCUUCUCAUGCUUCCAAAUUCUAUCUUCUGGUGAACGAAGCACAAUGUCUGUCCUUCACCUCGUUGGGGUUGUACCGCCAUUUGUUCAGGGGUCCCGGACGGCUGGGAACACCACCAACACAAGCUUCCGAGCUCCCCUGGACGCCCGCCCAUUGUCCACCACUUCACAUCAUCGACGGCAUCUCAGAGCAUUGCGGUAAUUGGCCUCCUGCGCUGUUAUUCUUCGCCUCUUUCUUGCCACUACCAUCCGGUGUUAGACAACACUCCUCCAUCGAGAAACCAAGGAGUGACCGGCACGAACGCUAGCCCUUCUCCGUUCCGCCCCAUCUCAGCGACCCAACCUCGAUCCUAAGGAGUGUCCGUCACCAUGUCAGACGACGACCGCCGCAGUCCCACCCCUCCACGGAAACGGCGCAAGAUCAACAGCAACAGCAACCUCCCUGCAAAGCCUCCUGCGCCAUCAAACCGUCUCCCUGCACUCCCUCCAACUCCCCCACUUCCUACAUCUCAAACCGGGAGCUAUGCGCCUCAACAACUCAAUGUGGCACAACCGCAAAUCUUCCGCUUCCCCAUCGAGCCCCUGAACCGCUUCCAGGGCACCUCAACCACCAUCAAGCGUCCGCGCGAAAUCGCACAUUUCUCCUACAAUGAGAACCACGAGUACCGCCAGGACGAGUCCGGGAUAUGCUAUUACCAUAUCCCCGAGAUGGGAGCGGAUCUGUGCGAAGGGUUCGAUACGUUUAGGCACUACGAGGAUAAAGAAGAUCCGCAUCUGGAUAGCCUGCUGAAGGCGCUGGUGGCCAAGGAGAAGGAGACGGGGGAGAAGCUGGAGGCGGAUUUUGUUACGUGGAGGGGGAUGAUGACGAAGAUCAUGACAGCCCCAUACGACAUGUUCGCCGAAUUCAACAUGCUCGCCACCCUCUACGACAACACCAUCUUCAUCGAGGAGGACUUUUCCGCCAAAUCCGCCGAGCGCGCCGCCGAAGCGUCCCAGUCGUCGCACUCUCGCACCGCCUCCAGACCGCCGCAUCCCGAUCAGCCAUCGCGAGAAAUGAUGACCUACUGGGGCUAUAAAUUCGAAACGCUGUGCAUGCUCCCCGAACCCGUUACACCUAGCACGCCGAGAGAAGUCCUCGCGGCAAGGAGAACGGCGCCCGUGUCCAACUACGCACAGCACUGCUCCAUUGUCCGCACGGGCAUCGGGUCGCACACGCUCAUCCUCGGCGGCGAGGUCGACGGUUUACUAGCACCAAAAACCCCCUCCACGUCGACUUCGGCUGCAGACGCCCCUCCAAUCCCCUGGGUCGAGCUGAAAACCUCGGAGCAGCUCCCGCCCCACCCGACGCGCCGCGACCUCGUCCGGUACGAGCGCAAGUUGCUCAAAUUCUGGGCGCAGAGUUUUUUGUUAGGGGUCGAGAAGGUGGUUGUCGGGUUCAGGAGUAAGGCGGGGAUACUGAAGGGGUUGGAUGUGUAUGAGACGGCGAGGAUUCCGGGGAUGGUGAGGAGGGGGACGAGGUGUUGGGAUGGGAAUGUUUGUGUGAAUUUUGCGGCGGGUUUUUUGGGGUGGUUGAGGGGGGUGGUAUUGGAGGAGGCCGGGAGGGGAGGGGGAGGGGUGUGGAGGGUUAGGUUGAGGAGGAGGGGGGGUGUGGUUGAGGUGCAGAGGGUGGAAGGGAGUUUUGGAGAGGGGAAGGGCAGAAUGGGAGGGAUUGUGAGUAGGGAGUUUUUGGAGUGGAGGGAAGGGGGCAGAGGUGGAGGUGGAGGAUGCGAAGGGCGCGGCGAAGGGCGAAGGGGGAGUGGAGAAUACGGGGAGGACGGAGGAGGGACGAUUACUGGACGGGAAGGUCACUGGUCCUUGAAGAUCGUAAAUGUCCAUGUAGUAUUGGACGAUGUGUGCAGAAUGACGAAUAUACCAUAG